AUGAAAGCGGUUCCCGCGCUGUACGCAAUCUUUUCGUCCGAUGACGAGAUAAUGUAUCAUUUCGGCCGUAGGCCACCACUAUCGGAAGAUUUUCGACACUUUGCCGACUGGGCCUUUGGUCCAAAAGGCUUGAAAUCAUUGAAAGUUGUCUUUUACGGAGAUGCUUCCUUUGGUGCAACAAUACAAGAUCAGGCUGUCAUCCUCCAGCGCAAUGCCACGAUGCCGAAUAACUAUGACAUUAUCCGACACUAUGAUGUCAGUCGUGGCAUCUGGGCCUUCGCAGAUCUCGUAGUCCUGGACAAACUUAUGAACCGCAUUACAUGUGACAUCGAACCCUACGGUAAUCCUCUGCCAACGCAUGUAUUCGACUUUGUGGUGGGUUCGCCAACCGGAGGAGAGGCCGUCCGGUCAAUUGCCCAGCAGCCCACCAAAACGGGCCACCAUGAGGCUGAUCUGAUCAAUCACAUCUUGGACGAGGCAGUCCGCCUCUUCCCCGAGCGUGAGAUUGCCUGUCUUGUUUGCAUUGGAACAGACGGCGCGCCAUUCACAGACGCGGCGAAGGGUAGUCUCGCGGAUGCCUAUGCUCCCGUUGAGGCGAUUGGAGAUGCGCAUAAGUAUUUGACUGCGAAAGCGGCCAUGGUGCUCAAGAGACUCCAAGCGGACGGUCUGUACUUUCGAUUCGCUUUUGAUGAUUAUGGUGUUCUCCAAAACAUUGCAGCAGGAGAAUGGGAGAAGCAAUUGCUGUGUCAUCGUUGCUAUAGAUUAGCAAAUGAUGGCUUGCUUUGGAGAUAUCAUUGCCGGAGUACCUUUAGAUACUGGCGCCCGGAUCAUAGCUUUGGCGAAAAGCUGCAAGCGACGGUGGCAAGUGUCGACUGGAAGUACUUGUUCCUGUUGAGAACACGCAGCAACCAUAUCGUCUCCCAGCUUCUUGACGGCAUUGUGGAAACCAAAGUUGGCCGUUUCAAGAAGAUUGAGAAGAUUUGCCGUCUGGGGUAUGACGCCAAGGACUUCCUUUUGGUCCAAUGUCAUAUACAUGAGUCCGCGUCGGAUGUUCUAGCAAGGAGCAAUGUCAUCCUCGACAACAUUCAUCGGAGCAUCGCCCUUGAGGAAUGGUCCAGGCUGGGUCUGGACCGCGAUUCGCUGUCUGCACAAGUUGCCGCGCAGAGACUCGAAAGAGCACUCAGCGCCUUUGACAUGUUCGUGUUACACGACCAAACUGGUGACCUAGAUGACAUUUCCCAGAUGUUGGAUGAUAUAAUUGCUCGAUUUCGAGUCAGUUGCACUGACCUUUCAGAGCUUACAACUCGAGAGACAGCUUUGGCAUUGAACAGAUGGGUGCGCGCUAAUAAUUUAACCGGCCUACGUAGGCCGGAACAGAAUUAUCGAAAUCUUCGAAAUUGUUUAAUAGGUCAGGCGUUGCGGCAUGAAGAACAUGAGUCUAUUCCACUCAUAUCCAGUGCCAUAUUUUGUAGUCUCGCCGCGAGACUGGGGCUCAAUGCUCAAUGCUGUGCUUUGCAUAGCCACGUCUAUGCAAUUGUCUUCGCUCAGUCCGGAUAUACUUUGGACGGGGAUGUUGCUGAUAGCUACCAUGAGCAACCAGAAAGGAUGUAUCUCGAUCCUUAUGGGCUCGACAACGAAGUCCCUGCUUCCGACCUACAGGACCUACUAGCUCACUAUGCGUGGCAAACAAGCACAGAUGCAUUUUUAGCCCCUGCGCCACCCCAGACAAUGGUGUUACGGACCGCUCAAAAUAUCAAGGCGACUUUUGCCAGGAUUCUGGAACUACAAGACGACGCUCACCCAGAAUUGAGCCAGCUUCUGCGUGGUAACGACGCAAUGAACGUGGAUGCUGCACUGUAUUCAGCCAUGUGCCAUGUGGUCAUCUUUGAUGCUGACGCCUAA